UUUCGACAGACGCUGAGCCCGUGUCCAUAGAGGGAAGCUUUCUUGCAGGUUUGCGGAAAAAUUUCUCAACUUUUCGCUCCGCGUCUGAGACUCGGGAGGUUAAGAUAACUGCCUUUGUCGGAUGAUACCCAAGUUUCCGGUUGGAUCGGGACAUGGCGAUGCCUGAUCAACCUUCUUCAGGAAAAUGCUCCCUGCCCAUCACCAAUGAAAAAAGGGACGGAGACAUCACUACCGUUGGGAGCAUCACGUUCGCUAAAAGCGGCUUCUUGGGGAAGGGUGCCUUAUCUACUGUUUUUCGAGGACAAUGCGACAUGCGGCAAGAAGUGGCGAUAAAGCGCAUCCAUUACCGCACUGAUGAAGAGCGACUGCUGAUAGAAAAUGAAGUAGGCAACCUGUUGAAAGUCGAAGAGGAUGACGCGAGGGUCAUCAGGUACUACAUGACGCAAAGGACUGACAACUUCUACUAUAUUGCGAUGGAGUUAGCACUCGGUACGGUGGAAGACUACGUGGAAAGGAAGCAGGGCGUCCAUACCAAACCUGAUAUGGACGAGCUUGAUAAUCUCGAUGAAAUCAGCAUUCUUAGAGAUUCGUCAAAGGCACUUGAAUGGCUGCACCAGCAAAAAAUCGUUCAUCGUGACAUCAAGCCGCCCAACCUGAUGCUGGUGAAAAGCAAAAAAGGCGAGAUCGUGACAAAGCUCGCCGAUUUUGGCAUAUCCAAGGAGAUGACAGCCAGCAAGCUGAAAAUGACAGCUGGUGUCGGUACCCUGGAUUGGAUGGCUCCGGAAGCCCAUAUGGGUGAAUAUCAACAGGGAACUGAGAAGACAGCUGACAUCUUUUCGCUCGGAUGUGUCUUUCACUACAUCAUCUUCCCCGGACAGCAUCCUUUCGGCGAUAUGUCCGACAGGAUGGCAAACAUCCAACAGGGAAAACCGUGCCUCGCGAACAUCGAAGAUCCCAAAUCAGUGAACGUGGCGACAAGGCAUCUGGUAGAAGAAAUGAUACAGCAAGAUCCAACAAAAAGACCAUCAAGCACCUACGUGGUCAACCAUCCGGCUUUGUGGACAUCAGAGCAAACGGAGAAGUUUUUCCAGGCUGUCAGCGACUGCAUCAAAGAAGACAAAGAACAUGGCCCUGUGCUGAAGAAGGCUGUCAAUGAAGAACUCGAUCUUGCGUUCGUCACAGAACUGGUCAAACUGAAAGAAUGGAAGAAAGUCGUCGACGCCACUCUGGAUAAAGGGGCUUUCGAGAGCUACCAGGGGACCACUGCAGAACUACUUAGGUUGAUAAGAAACAAG